UGGUUGUAGUUGUACACGGGCUUUUGGGCUGGUUGGUUGAAGAUCCCUUAUAUGAUUUGAGAAUUGAGACAUGAUGAAGCCCAAAGUAAAAGCCCUUUUCAUUCUUCCAUGGUUGGGUUUUUGAGGAUCCCAAAUGGCGCUGAGGAACUUCGUCAACGAGAUCAGGGGUUUGAAGGUGAAGGAGCUUCCUAACUACAUCAAGCCCAAGUUAUCUCUCGAUUACAUCAAGAACUCCUUUAACCGCGGAUUGGAUAACUACUACACCAAGUACAUCGAAACCAGUUCUCCUGAUCCACUCUACCAUGUUUGCUUCGGCGGCAUGGUUUUGUCCUACCUCGUUAAUCUUCCCGAGGAGCGCCGCCACUACGAGCACCUCGAGCACGAGCGCCUCGCUAAGGCACACGGUUCCGCCGCCGCCCACCAUUGAUCUCCAAUCGAUGAGGGUGUUGUUUUAAAUUGAAUGGUGAUUGAUGAUGAUCCGUUGCUGCAAUUGUGUAUGAGAAUAGAGUUAUACUUAGUUUUGAUAUGAUGGUGCAUUUUGUUGAAACCCACCAAGGAAUUGGGCAAUGGAAUGAGAAGGCAACGAAAAGUUGGAAAUUUUUCCACUAAUAGAUAAAAUCCAGUGCAUGGUAGAGAUUACUGGUGAAACCGUUUCUAGUAUCUUCUCCUCUGAAACUGAGGAAAACGUCGUAGAUCCAAUUCCAUGUGAAGGAAGAAGAAGAUGACGAUGAUGAUGAUGGUUCCGCCAUUAUCAUAUAAUUUGUGAGCUUAUUAGUAUAUUUAAUUAGUUCCUAAAUAAAUAACAAUAAUAUAAUAUAUAAUCAAAUGUAGAGGGUUAUGGAUAGAGUCAAUGGGGAAGACUUUGACUAAUCAAAGUAAACGCCAAGAUGAGAGGAAGGUAUAUAUGAAAACAUACAGAAAUUUCUUAUGUGAACCAGUAUCUUUAAUUUAGAACUUAUUAAACUAUUCUUUGGGCCAUAACAAAUAAAAAAGUCUCAUAGCCUAUAA